UUUUUGCAGGAUAAAGUGAAGUUUCCACAUGAUCACUCACUUACUGCACGUGAGUGGUUCUCAAUUGCAGUUACUUAAUUAGGGUAUUAGUUAGUCAUGUCAUUUUUAAAGUCUCGUCUGCUGAUAAGCAAGUUGCUCAAAUUUUCAAAGCCACUCACAUUGACCGCAGCCACUAAAAAGAAUGCAAGUCUUAUUGGCACAGGAGCGCUUGGAUUUGGGUGUUUUUGUUACUUUGUACGAGAUGGUUAUCGUCACAGAUCGCCGUUCGUGCUUUUUGCUCAGGAACCAAGAACAAAAGAGUUUGACGUGGACGAUUUUAUUCACGAAAAAUUGGAAAAGUUGAAGGGGUCUAUUGCAGAAGUUGUGAGAGAGGGCGGAGAAGAAUUCAGAGCGGAAUGCAAGGAGGACAACACGAAUGAUAUUGCGACUCCUGGAGAACCUCUUGAAGACAAUUCGCUAACAGCAAACAUUGAGGAACUCGUUGGACAAACGGACAGUGACAAGGCGGAAUUCGACUGGAAUCAGUUGGGAGAUAUUUUGAAACCUUAUUGGAAGCUGAUGACCGUCGCUGUUGGGUCCGCGUUGGUGGUGGCUGUGGUAAAUAUUGAAAUUCCAUCUCUGCUUGGAGCCAUGGUGGAUAUCGUCACUCGAAAGUUAAUGUGCUCGGCUGGACCUGGCAUCAUAUUAGGAAUGGACUCGAGAGAGCAAGACUUUGAGUUUCUCGUUCGCACGCCAGCCUUGAAACUUAUUGGACUCUAUUUACUCCAAUCCGCUUGCACUUUCACAUACAUUUACAGCUUAUCAAUAGUUGGAGAAGGAGUGGCGACGGAGCUCCGUCGAAGAAUGUUCGCUUCCAUGUUGAAUCAAAACAUUGUGUUUUUCGAUACUCACAUGACUGGUGAAAUUGUGAGCAGACUGACGUCCGAUAUUCAAGAAUUUAAAUCAAGCUUUAAGCAGUGUAUAAGCCAGGGACUGAGGUCUGUGAGCCAAGCACUGGGCUGCAUCAUUUCGCUCUACAUGAUCUCACCGGAAAUGACCAAGACAGUCGUCAUCAUCGUUCCCGUCAUUAUCACAAUUGGCAGCGUUUUUGGCAGGGGCCUUCGCGCAUUGAGUAAAAGGGCACAGGAGCAGGUUUCCAAAUCCUCAGGACACGCCGAAGAAACGUUGUCAAAUAUCAGAACAGUUCGGGCAUUUGCAAUGGAAAACGAGGAAUUGGAGAGAUAUUCAGGAGAUAUUGAAAAGGCGAGAAAACUAAAUACAGAAUUGGGUGCUGGAAUCGGUGUGUUCCAAGCUGGCUCUAGCCUAUUUCUCAACGGUGUAGUACUCGCAGUUCUCUACACUGGUGGAAAACUGAUAUCGGAGCAGAGCAUCACUUCUGGCGAUCUUAUGUCAUUCCUCGUCGCGGCACAAACGAUUCAACGAUCAUUAUCCAACCUCAGUUUACUUUUCGGCCAAUAUGUCCGUGGCAUUGGGGCCGGCGGGAGAGUUUUCCAGUACAUUAAUCUCCCCGUGCCAUACGACCUCACUGCGGGUCACACUGUAAUGUUGGGAGACAGACUUGAAGGUGUGAAGGGUGACAUAGAGUUUCACAGCGUUUGGUUCAGAUAUCCAACAAGAAAUGGAGAAUACGUGCUGAAGCGAUUCAGUUUACAAAUCCCACAAGGAAAAGUGGUCGCUAUUGUUGGGCCAAGCGGUUCGGGAAAGUCGACACUCGUCAACUUGUUACAAGGAUUCUACCCCGUGGAAAAGGGUGAAAUCACUGUGGAUGGAUACAGAAUUGACUUGAUGGACCCCAACUGGCUUCGAGGAGAAGUGAUGGGUCUGAUCAAUCAAGAACCCGUGCUUUUCUCGGGCUCCAUCAUGGAAAAUAUUCGAUACGGAAAACCUGAAGCAACGGACGAGGAAGUUUAUCAAGCUGCAAGGAAUGCUAACGCGUACAACUUUAUUCAGGAUUUCCCGGACGGUUUUCAAACACUUUUGGGGGAACGAGGAGUCACAGUGUCGGGAGGACAGAAGCAGCGCAUCGCAAUCGCUCGAGCCCUAAUAAAAAAUCCCACUGUUUUAAUUCUUGACGAGGCGACGAGUGCGUUAGACACAGAAUCAGAAAAGAUUGUGCAGGAAACCCUGGACGCAGUUUCUCGAGGCAGAACCGUGUGCGUUAUAGCGCACCGAUUGUCCACCAUCCAGAACGCAGACUUAAUUGCGGUAGUUGCUGAUGGGCGAGUUGCAGAGCUCGGAACACACUCGAACCUGAAGAAGCAGAAAGGAUUGUAUUACAACCUGGUGAAGCAGCAAGAGUACAAAGCAAAGGUGCAAAAGAGUUAACGAAGGCUGUAAUAAUAGUGGCAGGAUAAAAAAGACAUCUAUUUAUAAUUUAAAAAAGACACCCAAGUAUUCCUCCUCCUCAACCAAGUCAAGUCAGUGUGAUAGACAGCGUUCCUCAAAAAGACAUAUGAUUUAUAGACAGUGCUAGCUUAUACGUAGAUAGUAAAAAAAAUCAACCAACCCCCCCCCCAAACGACCAAAUGAAUAAAUUGGACUAUUCUUAAUAAAAUCAAAGUUCACUCA